CACUUUCCGCAUUUUGCAGCACUGCAUCUCGCUUUGUUUUUGUGUGUCAUUGUACAUUUUCAUAAAUUAAAUACCCGAAACUAUACCAAAAUAUUGUUGAAAUACGUUAAACAAACAAGCAUGAGUGAAGUACAGACCCUGAUGGACAUGGGUUUCCCCCGGGAACGUGUGGAAUAUGCUCUGCAGGUGACCAGCAACAAAGGUGUAGAGCCCGCCAUGGAGUGGCUACUGGCCCACGUGGACGAUCCGAUACCGAGCCGUCAAAAUGCCGGCGAUUCUGGGGUUCCCGCAAGCUCCGGGGUUCCCCCAACCACUGCAGAGGACUCCUCCGCCGGUGCGGCUUCCAGUAGCACCAGUGGGGGUGGGGCAGGCGAAACCUCCGCCGAUUCCCAGGUGGCCAAGUCCCUGAAAUGCGACGAUUGCGGCAAGGUUCUGAAGGAUCACACCGAAGUGGAGUAUCAUGCUGCCAAAACCGGACACAGCAACUUCUCCGAGUCCACGGAGGAGAAGAAGGCCCUAACCGAGGAGGAGAAAAAGGCUCAACUGGCUCUCAUCGAGGAGAAGCUCAAGCAGAAACGCAUCGAACGCGAGGAGCGCGAAAAAACCGAGGCCCUGCAGCGGGAAAAGAAUCGCAUCAAAUCCGGCAAGGACAUGACCGAGGCCAAGCGCCGCAUGGAGGAGCUCGAAAUGAAGAAGAUUGUGGAGCAGCGCAAGCGUGAAAAGGACGAGGAGAAGGCGGCCCGUGAUCGGGUGAGGGCUCAAAUCGAGGCUGACAAGGCGGCACGCAAGGCUAGAGAGCAAAAAGAAUUGGGCAAUCCGGAUACAGCUCCCUCCGUAAGCUCCACCACGGUCUCGUCGCCACCAGCAGCUGUGAAAUCUCCGCCGCGUGACUACACCGAAACCCGCAUCCAGGUGCGCCUGCAGGAUGGCUCCACGCUCCAGGAGACCUUCAACGUCAAGGAGCAGCUGUCCGCCGUGCGUGUCUUUAUUCAGAUGAAAACCGGCAUCGAGUCGCCCUUUUCGCUGAUGACCACCUUUCCGCGCAAACUAUUCGCCGAGGACGAUUACGAGAAGCCGCUGGAGGUGCUCGGCUUGGUACCAUCCGCCGUCAUUACCAUGACCAAGACGACCGCAUAAAUCUGUCCCCGAACUGGGAAAUGGGAAAAGCAGGGAAGCUCUCUCUCACAACUAAACGAAAUGUCUAGAAACUAAAACAAACGAAACGCGACGCGUUAUUCCCCAGAAAACAUUAAAUGUACGGUUUUAUAUAUGUAUUAAACAAGAAAAACUAAA